AUGAAGCUAAACCUAGAGAACUGUGUAUUUGGUAUAGCAUUGGGAAAGUUUUUAGGUUUCAUGAUCACUUAUCGGGGAAUUGAGGCAAACUCAAAGAAGAUACAAGCUUUGGCAUCGAUAGAAUCACCAAGGAAUAAGAAAGAGGUACAAAAAUUAAUGAGUCGCAUUGUCAACCUAAAUAGGUUCAUGUCUCGAGUAGUAGAUAGGUGUUUCUCUUUCUUUAAUGCUCUCAGGGGAAAUCAAAGCUUUGAUUGGAAUGAAGAGUGUGAAAGGACUUUUCAGGAGCUCAAGCAAACUUUGACGUCUUCCCCUAUCCUCACCAAACUCGAACCCAGAGAUACUUUGUUUCUAUACUUGGUCGUCUCUCAUAAUACAAUAAGCAGUGUGUUGGUGAAAGAGGCCAAUAAAGCAUCUACUAUUGUGUGCUCGAAAACCACCAAUUAUGAGGCAGAGUAUGAGGCCAUCGUCAUUGCUUUGGAACUUGCCAUCAACCUCGAAUUUGAACACAUCAUAAUCUUCAGUGACUCUCAACUUGUGAUUAGUAUCCAUGGGGUUAAUGGACUCGACAAGAAGGUUCACAUCAAAAUUGUGACUGAGCCCAGCAUUCAUCAAACCAUUGGUGUCAUGGACAUUGACCAUGAGCCCUUGUGGAUAGAUCGAAUAGUAGACUUCCUAAAAAAUGGAAACCUGCUAGAGGAUAUUCAAGCCCUAGCUAAGGUUCAUGAAGGGGUAUAUGGGAAUCAUCAAAGAGCUCCGACAUUGGCCUUCAAAAUCAUAAGAUGUGACAAGUGUCAGAGGUUCGGCUAUGCCAUCCAUUUUCUUGCAGAGAAUCUCACUACCCUUACUUGUUUGACCCCAUUUGAGCAAUGGGGUGUUGACAUCCUCGAACCUUUUUUAGUAACAAGGAAACAUUUAAAGUUUGUUGUUGUAGUAAUAGAAUAUUCUACUAAAUGGGCAGAGGCAGAACCCCAAGCAACAAUUUAUGAGCCCAAGCUCCGGGGCUUCAUUUGGAAGUCAGUCAAUUGUAGGUUCAAGAUACCUAAAGUCCUCAUAACUGAUAAUGGAAAACAUUCAAUAAUCCACAAUUCAGAAUUUUUUGCACCAACCUUGGGAUUGACCACCGUUUGA